UCGAAAUUAAAUAGGAACAAACUGGUGAAGUUAUGAGGUCGGUGCUGUUUUUGCCAAUUCUAAUAAAUAAAUCUGAAUCUUACAAAUACUGACGAGAAAAUUGUUGAUUUGUUUAUAAAUAAAACGACACUACAGGCAUGGAUACGAGAAUGUGUGUGUUGAGUGCGUCGGCGCGGUGACGGAGAUGGGCGACAGCGAGGGCGGCGCGGGCGCGGGCGCGGGGCCGGCGGGCGCGGGCGCGGGGGGCGCGGGGCAGGCGGACGCCGUGCUGCUGUCGCCGCUCACGGAGGACACCUUCCUGCACAACUUGCACGUGCGCUACAAGCGGGACAUCAUUUAUACGUACGUGGGCAACGCGCUGGUGUCGGUGAACCCGUGCCGGCCGCUGCCGCUGUACUCCGCCGAGCUCGCGCGCGCCUACCUCGCGCGCCCGCCGCACCAGCUGCCGCCGCACCUGUACGCGGUGGCGGCGAGCGCGUACCGCGCGGUGGCGGCGCGCGGCGCGGGCGAGGCGCUGGUGGUGACGGGCGAGUCGGGCGCCGGCAAGACGGAGGCGGCGCGCGUGUGCCUGCAGUGCUGCGUGCUGGCGGGCGGGCGCGCCGCCGCCGUGCUGCCCGCCGCCGGCACGCUGCUCGAGGCCUUCGGCAACGCCGCCACGGCGCGCAACCACAACGCCAGCAGAUUCGGCAAGCUCCUAGACGUGGAGUUCGACUUCAAGGGCGAGCCCGUGGGCGGGCACAUCACCCACUACCUUUUGGAAAAGGAGCGCGUGUGCGGGCCGGCGGCGGGCGAGCGCAACUUCCACGUGCUGUACCAGCUGCUGGCCGGCGCCGACGUGCUGCUGCUCAAGCGGCUGAAGCUGCAGCGGUCGUGGGAGCACUACCGCAUCCUGCGCGGCGCGGCGGAGGGGCGGCCGCCCGCCGACCGCGAGCACUUCGCGCACACCAAGGCGGCGCUGGCCGCGCUGGGCUUCGGCGGCGGCGCGUGCGGCGGCGUGCUGCGCGUGCUGGCCUUCCUGCUCAAGCUGGGCAACGUGGAGUUCGCGCCGCAGCACAACAUCGACGGCAGCAUCGGCGCCAGGCUGCAGAACCGCUACGAGCUAACGGAAGCGUGUUCGCUAGUCGGCGUGUGCUCGGAGGCGUUAGCUAGCGCGCUGGUGGGCGAGGCGGCGGCGGAGGGGGAGGAGGAGGACGGAGAGGAGGACACGGCUCCGGCCGCUGAUUGGGCCGCCGCGCUGCGCGACCGCCUGCUGCAGGCCGUCUACGCCAGGCUCUUCACUUGGCUCGUCAACGAGGUGAACGUGUCGAUCGCGGCGGAGGCGGCGGCGCGGCGCUGCUCGCUGGGCAUCCUGGACGUGUACGGGCUGGAGUCGCUGGCGCGCAACGGGCUGGAGCGGCUGCUCAUCAACUACGCGGCCGAGCGCCUGCAGGCCGCCGUCACCCUCGCCACGCUCAAGCACGAGCAGGAAGAGUACGUGCGCGAGGGCCUGCCGUGGGCGCCGCUGGCGUACUGCGAGCACGCGCUGGAGGAGCUGCUGGACGGGCCGGACUCGGUGCUGGCGGCGCUGCGCGACGCGUCGCUGCGGGCCGGCGGCGACGCCGCGCUGCUGCAGCGGCUGCAGCGCCGGCGGCACCCGCGGCUGCAGGUGUUGCCGCCCGAUCACUUCCAGAUAGUCCACUUCGGCGGCGCGGUGACGUACUCGGCGCGCGGCAUGUGCGCGCACAACCGCGACCGCGUGCCGGCGCGCGCGGCGGCGGCCUUGCGGGGCGCGCGCGAGCCGCUGCUGGCCGCGCUGUUCGGCGCCGCGCCCGCCUCGCCGCGCCGCGCCGCCGCGCUCGCCUGCCGCCAGCGCGCGCUGCUGGCCGCGCUGCUGCGCCGCCUGCCGCCCGCGCCGCGCCUGGUGCGCUGCCUGCGCGCCGACGCGCUGCUGCGGCCGCACCGCUUCGACGCGGCGCUCGUCCGGCACCAGAUCCGCACGCAGGGGAUAAUGGACAUGGCGCUACUCCGUCGCGCUGGGUGGUGCGAGUCGAUGACCGCGCGGGCCGUCGUGACCCACUACGGCAUCCUGAAGCCGGGGGGGGCGCCGGCCAGGGAGGACGAGGAUGCGAUGCGCGCCGCGCGGGCGAUACUUCGAUCGCUGCCUAUCCCCAGCGCAGAGUUCGCGUACGGACGUACGAAGGUGUUCAUCAGGAGUCCGCGCACGGUGUGGGAACUGGAGUGCUUAAGAUCAGCGCGCGUGUCGGCGCUGGUGAGCGCGGUGCAGCGAGCGUGGCGCGCGCACCGGCGGCGGCGGCGCGCCGAGCGCGAGCGCCGCGCGCAGGCCGUGAUCGCGCGCGCCUGGCGCCGCCACCGGGCGCGGCGCGGGCGGCCGGCGGCGCGGCGCGCGGGGGCGGCGCGCGUGGCGUGGCGCGCCUGGAGCAGCAGCGCGCGGCGCCGCUACCUGGCGGGGCUGUGGCGCCGCCUGCCCGCGCGGCACCGCUCGCCCGUGUGCGACGCGUGGCCGCCCUGCCCCUACCCCGCGCUGCUGGGUCGUACAGAUCUUCUGCUGCGGCGCCUGCACCACCGCUGGCGCUGCCGGCUGUACCGCGCCGAGUUCGACCAGACCGCGCGCAACCGCAUGCGCGAGAAGGUGACCGCCAGCGCGCUCUUCAAGGAGCGCAAGGUGACGUACGCGCGCAGCGUGGCGCACCCGUUCGUGGGGGACUACGUGCGGCUGCGGGCGUCGGCCACGUGGCGGCGCGGCGCGGGCGCCUCGCCCGCCGACAAGUACGUCGUGUUCGCGGACGUGGCCGGCAAGGUGGCGCGCUCGUCGGGCCGCGUGGCGCGCUGCCUGGUGGUGGUGACGACGGGCGCGCUGCUGCUGCUGGAGGCGCGCUCGCUGCGCGUGAAGCGGCGCGUGCCGGCGCACUGCGUGUGGCGGCUGUCGCUGUCGCCGCUGGCCGACGACCUGCUCGUGGUGCACGUGCGCGCGCCCGCCCGCGCGCCCGACGCGCCCGACGCGCCCGACGCGCACGACGCGCACGACGCGCCCGGCUGCCUGUUCGGCGGCGAGGGCGCGUGGCGGCGGCGCGGCGACGUCGUGGUGCGCACGUGCCACGUGCUGGAGCUGGCCACGAAGCUAUUCCUCGUGGUGCAGAACGCGGUGGGCGCGCCGCCGCUGGUGCACGUGGCGGCGGAGUUCGAGGCCGACUUCGGCCAGCAGACCGUCACGGUGGCCUUCCACGCGCUGGGCGAGGACGCCGCGCCCGCGCGCCUGCUGCGGCGCGGCUCGCGGCUCGACGUGCUGCUCUGAUGUGUUCCCGUCUUAUGAUAGCUAGGAUAUCAACGAUGCGUGCGCAACAGCGUAUUUACUUAACGAUACUGUGCGAGUGCGCACUUUUACAAAACUAGUUAAUCACGUAUAAUUCAUAGGGCCAAUUUUAAAUCUAUGACUGCGAAGUACUACGAAUUUUGCAUUCUACUCGUGCAUAGCUCGUGACGCGUACUCGUGCGUAUCUAAAACUAACGCGAGCACAGCGUAACCCCCACGAUUCAGAACCAAAUGGUCCCUAGAGGUCGGAUAGACCCUUAUGAUACCUGACAGCCGUCUCGUGAUGGCAGCGGCGGUUUUAAAUUUAUGAGGCAUCUCCCUCGUUCGCAUGAUGCUGAUAUCGUCUCACUUUCAAAACUUAAUUCGCUCACUCUCAUUUCUAGGUUGCCUUGAGAUAUCAAAGGCUGGUAUCAUAUUUUGCAAAACCCUUUGUGUCUGUGAUUAUUACGUGGCAAAAUGUUAUUGAAUGCUUUUCCUGUCUCUUUCGGUACCUGAUGCGAUCGUCGUUUUACCAAAGUUGGUCGAAAUUAUAGAUUUCUAGUAAGCAGAAUGUUCACACGCUUGGGUUUUCGAACAUACAAUCGCAUUAGCGGUGUAGCUACAUCUAUGCCUGUUGGUGUUCAACCCAGUGACGAGCGCGUCGGGCGAGCGCAAAAAAAAUAUUGGUCAACUUUACUUAAGUGUUCAUUUCGUCUUCAGCUUUAUUAGCCUUAUCGAAGUUUUCAACGUAGAUUCAGUAAAAUUACGAUAUUUCGUAGACUUCAUUAAGUAAGAAUUAAAAAUGGGGAAAUAGACAGGGUCCCGCAUUAUUUUCCUUAUUUUGUCUAUUGCCCAGAAUAUCACUACCGGUAUAAAGUAUUUUUAGUUCACAGGCCCAAGACAUUCAUGAUAUUUCACUAAUACAAAAAAAAAUGAUUUAUUGUGACAUCUGCACAAUUUUUCACCUAGCCACCAAAUAAGAAACUAGUGAAGCAUGCUAUACCCAUACAAGGUUUGCAAAAAAGAUUGCCUGUUUGAACAAGCCUCUAACUUUUGCUCCAUUAAUGAACUAAAAAGCAAUUACCAUUGACAAACAAAGAGAUACCUACUGUUAUGAUCAUUAGUCAAUUUACCGAAUCUAAAUUGAAGAGUUAAAUAGGCACUUAUAUUUUAGACAAAUAAAUAGUUACUAGAUAUUCGUAGUUCACUAGAUAUUAGGUAGGCACUGAAUAUCAAUUGUUAUUUGAAAAUGCGACUGUUUGAAGCAUACGUUAGGGACCUAGCGGACAAGAGUCUUACUGGACCGGGCCUAAACCUAAGCUACAUCUGACCAAGUCAUUUUCGUUAUUUAUCUUUAUCUAAAGAGAAUAAACAAUUAUAUAAUUACAAUCGACUUCUACCGUGAGAAGUAUUGCAUAUUUAUCAGCAUUGGCCCAUUGAAAACCAUCUCGUUUCCGCUAGGUGUUCAACAGUGUGUAUGAUACAAUCGCACCCUGUCCCGGCAGCAGCAGGGCGCCGGCGCGUCCCCAGGACGGCUCGCAUUCCCUCGCUUGUUAGUGCCUUUGUAACCGGUGUUGGUCACUAGCACACACGAAAACAAAAGAAGAAGUGCCUUUCAUCGAAAAUACUGUUCUUCCAUAUUACGUUGUACUCCCUUGUGUUGAGUGAGCGUCCUGUAGACAGUACACACGGCUCCGGGCGCCCUCUGCUGAACCACAACGACCAGUUGACGAUGACGUUUAUCAAUAACAGUUAUAAACAAAUAUUAUGAAGUAACAAGGUGCCAAAGUAGCAGUGCGCCGCGGUAGCUGCGGGCGGCCGUGGCGCACUUAGGGUGUAACACUCGGCCGCUACGUGUGCACGUGGCGGUACACGUCGGCUAGCCUAGUGAAUAAGGAUUCUAGGAUUAACGCGAGUAUUUCGUCUGGAGAAUCGUAAGUGUGAAGCAUGCACUGUACAUGUGAGUUAGUGAGCGACCGUAGCUGUAACAGAUGGUCUAUUGUUGUUACACUCACUGUUUGUUAUGUGCCGCCCGCUCCCCGCGCCCCGCUGCCAGCCACUCCCAUCAGUUAGUUUCGAAAAAAGCAUUCUAAUAUUUUUUACAGUUAAAAUGUAAUAUUUAUUGUGUCAAUUUUAGUAGAAGAAACAAGGAGACAUGUAACUUUGGUCUAAUUAUUUUUCCGGCUACUCGGGAAUGUUUUUGGGAAAUGAUAUUGAAAGACAUGGACACAAAAUAGUACUUCGGACCCGAAUAUGUUCAAUGAUGCAUAUGUGUAUAUUAGAAUAUUGCGUGUCGAUACAAAUAGUAGACAGCGGCAGUGCGCGCAGCGCGGGGAGUGCGGCGACCGCUAUACCAUGCGAAUUUUUCAUUUGUUAUUUAAUCGAGACGUUGCGUGCAUAAUGUUAUGUUUUCAAUGAUAAAGUAUGGAAAUGUUUUAUUGUUUAUAAUAAAAU